GCGGUCCUGCGAUACCUGCCAUCAAAACUCAGUUCGCAAUGUUAUUACCACAUAAAACGCGGCUUCAACUGCAGUCCGCACAUGCAGGUCCCCACCACGCUCAAAGUCGUAAAUUCGUCCCGCCGUGUCUACCCCGUCUGGCCGCUGCAUUUUCAAUGCAAUUCUCUUACUACGUCCUGCCUUCGCUGACGGACUGCCAGUUUAGUUGAUUUUCGCGAGAACCUGCCAAGUUCUCCAUUUCCAUUAACCAAUCGGUUGCGGUCCGGUCCGAUCCGUCGUGGUUCCGCGCGAAACUCUUCGUCUUGUCCUUUUAGCGCAACAGCGUCCGUCCUGCUGUUCGCCCAGUGCGUCACUUACAUGCCUUCUGGUUCCUAGUUCUAGUGCUGAUUGUUCACAGUUCCGGGUGGAAUGGCGCCAGACUGUCCAGACUACGUUACGAAAAUGGACAUCAGCUCCAAGGCGUCCAGUUCCGCAUCGAGCACGUCUUCCGCACCGCGAACGCCGCCAAAUUGCGCGCGAUGCCGCAACCACCGCAAAAAAAUCACCCUCAAGGGCCACAAGCGGUACUGCAUGUACCGCAACUGCAAAUGCCAAAAGUGCCAAUUGACCUCCGAACGGCAACGCGUGAUGGCAAUGCAGACGGCCCUGCGGAGGGCUCAGGCUCAGGAUGAGGCCCUGCUGAAGAACGGCACUAUUGACAUCAACAUGCUGUCGACGCCGCAAAAGACCGAAAGCCCCAUUCAUAACAUUGACCGAGCCAAUUUGGACUGUGAUUCUUCGGCUUCGUCCCAGUACUCGAAUCCGCCGGUUGCCAUCAGCAGAAAGUCGGAAAUGUCUCCAGUUCUUGCGGUUCCUGCUACCAGCACGUCCAUGCCUGUUGGAGUGGCCAACGAAGUGCUUUCCUACGACUACAAAG